UUUAAACUUCGGGAAAAUGAGGUAAGAGGAGAAAAGAAAAUGUCACGGUCGGUACGGUGUCGUUACGGUCAACGAGCUUAGUGUGACUGCCUAAGCGUCAGUCACGCCGAUUUACCGUAAAACCCCAAGUGCGCCUUUUACUAGACCCUCACCGACUGAGAGAGUAUCUACUCUUUGACGGAAUUCCCCCUCUUCCGAUCCGAGUCAACUAAGCCUCGCCGGAAAAUCUAACAAUGCCGAGUCGACUUAUUUUGCUACUCUCAUUAUCCUCUCUUCUCCUGCUUUCAAUAAUCGUCACUCCGGCCGUAUGUAAAACCUCCGCCGCCGCCGUCGACGACGACGACGAGGACCUCAGCUUCCUCGAAGACGGAGACGACGAAGCAGCAGACCACUCCUCCCCUCACCAUUACGGCGGUGAAGACGACUUCUCUGAUCAGGAAGAAAGUUACGACGACGACGACUUCGAGGUCCCAUCUAAUUUCGAUCACGGCGACGGUGGAAAUGAAGAUGAGGUCGGAUUCAAUUCCGGCGUGGACGAGAAAGAUGUUGUGGUGUUGAAGGAAGGCAACUUUAGUGACUUCAUUGAGAGUAAUAAGUAUGUGAUGGUGGAAUUCUACGCGCCGUGGUGCGGACAUUGUCAGUCUCUUGCGCCGGAGUACGCCGCCGCCGCGACGGAGCUGAAGGCCGGAGCUGGGAAUGAAAAAGUUGCGCUGGCUAAAGUGGAUGCUACUGAGGAGAAUGAGCUUGCUGAGCAGUAUGAAGUGCAAGGAUUUCCUACCGUGCUUUUCUUCAUUGAUGGGGAGCAUAAGCCUUACAAUGGUCAAAGAUCCAAAGAUGCGAUUGUAACUUGGAUAAAAAAGAAGAUUGGACCUGGUGUUGCAAAUAUUACCACACUAGAUGAUGCAGAGCGCAUUUUAACAUCUGAGGAUAAAGUUGUUCUAGGCUUUCUCAACUCACUAGUGGGUCCUGAAAGUGAUGAGCUAGCUGCUGCUUCAAAACUUGAUGAUGCUGUUAACUUUUAUCAGACAGUGAGUCCUGAUGUAGCCAAGUUGUUCCAUUUGGAACCCAAUGCUAAACGACCUGCUGUGGUAUUGCUGAAGAAAGUUGCUGAGAAAGUUACUACAUUUGAUGGUGAGUUCACAAAGUCCGCUAUAGUAGAGUUUGUCUCAGCCAACAAGCUUCCUUUGGUGACCACUUUUACUAGAGAAAGUGCUCCUCAAAUUUUUGAAAGUCCUAUUAACAAACAGCUGUUGCUUUUUGCUAAAUCAAGUGAUUCAGAAAAGUUUCUCCCAACUUAUCAAGAAGUGGCAAAGCUUUUCAAGGGAAAGCUUAUCUUUGUGUACGUGGAGAUGGACAAUGAAGACACUGGAAAGCCUGUCGCAGAAUAUUUUGGCGUGGAUGGGGAUGGUCCAAAGGUUAUCGCAUUUGCUGCAAAUGAUGAAGGCAAGAAGUACAUUCUUGAUAAAGAAUUUACUCUUGACAAUAUCAAGGUGUUUGCGUCAGACUUCUUAGAAGACAAACUGAAACCUUUCUAUAAGUCUGAUCCAAUUCCUGAGAUGAAUGAUGGGGAUGUAAAAAUAGUUGUUGGCAAUAACUUUGAUGAGAUUGUUCUGGAUGAUUCAAAAGAUGUUCUUCUGGAGGUAAACAGUCCAACUAUUCAUGAUUUGAUUUUUUUUUUUUUUGGAAAUUGAUGUAUUUCCUUCUCCUUGUUCUGGGAGUACACUACAGAUAUAUGCACCGUGGUGUGGUCAUUGUCAGUCUCUAGAACCAACAUAUAACAAACUUGCCAAGCACCUUCGUGAUGUUGAAUCUAUCGUUAUUGCAAAAAUGGAUGGAACUACAAAUGAACAUCCUCGUGCCAGGGUAAGCCCACAAUUCUUGUGUGGUUAAUGUUCCUUUAAACAUUGUGGACUAAACAUGUACACUCUAGUGGCAUUUUAGUUUGAAUAGUUGACUUCUGAAGUAGUAGAGUAUGUACCAAUGCAGGCUGAGGGGUUCCCAACGCUACUAUUCUUUCCAGCAGGAAAUAAGAGCUCUGAUCCUGUAAGUUUUGAAUCCUUGAAAAUCGACAUAUUGCUUUCUUUAGAUUGUGGCUGUUUCCAUGAUCAACGUAAUGAAGUGUUGGUUAAAAAAUCAAAAGAACAAGUAACCACUCCUAAUGAUGUGGCAGAUUCCGGUUGAAGCCGAACGAACAGUGAAGGCAUUGUACAAGUUCUUGAAGAAACAUGCAUCUAUUCCCAUCAAGCUUCAGAAACCAACUUCUGAUGCUAAAGAAGGGACCGCGAGCUCCACCGCUGAUGUAAAGGACGAACUAUGAGAUAUUACAACUAAUGCGGAUGACUUCUGCUCAAGCUGCCGACCCAAUUAUGACGAAAACUAAAUUUAGUCAGCUCUCAAGGCACGAGAAAGUGCCUCUUACUGAAUAAAAAACCAACAUUUUAUGUAGUUACUAGUAGUCUUGAGUUUGGAAAUCGGAACAAACGAACGAGUUUCAAAGUUCCUUUCACAGGACUAGAGAUAGAGUAGUAGAAGCAGUACUUAUCACUUAGGUCCUUGUCCAUCCAUUCUCUCCCAAAACUAGCCUUCUUGUAAGGUUUCGUUUAGUAACAUUCUUUUUUUUGUUUGAUUUUUUGCGUGUUAUUUUGUUUUCCUUAUUACGUAUUUAAACAUUUGUAAAUUCAUGAUGUUUUGUCAUUUUUGUUCCUCUUUUUUUUUUUUUUUUG